GUUGGUGAAGCAAAGAGAGUGCACCUGUUGUGCUGUAUCAGGUGCUUUUUUGCGCGAUUAGUCAGUGUUUUAGCUGUCGGAAUAACACGUUUCGCGGACGCCUCAAUGAAGUGAGGCAGACAGUUUGUUUUUCGCCAGUGCGCAACACCUGACGCCCAAGACCCGAAUUCAGUGCGGUGGCUGAAAAAAAUGGCAUGAUGGCUUCACAUUACCACGGGCUGAGCCAGCACAUCACCUUCGAGCAGCUUCCCGACCCCACGAACCGGUUCCAGUUGGAACAGGUGAUCGGGGAGGGCACCUACGGGGAGGUGUUCUGCGCCAAAGACCUCGACGUGGGCCAACGGAUCGCCGUCAAGGUGCUCGAGAAUGUGGCCGACAAUGUCGAGGAGAUCGAGGAGGAGUAUCUGGUGCUCAGGGACCUCAGCCUCCACCCCAACAUCCCCCUCUUCCACGGCCUUUUUCUCAAGAGGGGAGCCACCCCCGACGAUGACCAACUCUGGUUCGCAAUGGAGUUGUGCGGUGGCGGUUCAGUGACUGACCUGGUGCAGGGUCUCAAGAAAAGAGGCCAGGCACUCACCGCAGACCAGAUCGGAUACAUCCUCCACGAGACUGUCCAGGCUCUGGUCUACCUUCACCAGCAGCAUUGCAUGCACCGAGAUGUCAAGGGUCACAACAUCUUGCUGACCGACGAGGCCUGCGUGAAAUUGGUCGAUUUCGGCGUGUCCUCUCACUUGGGGGCCACCCUCGGAAGGAGGAGCACUUCCGUGGGAACGCCGUACUGGAUGGCCCCUGAAGUCAUUGCAUGCGAGCAACAACUGGACGCCAGCUACGACGCUCGCUGCGACGUUUGGUCCCUCGGAGUCACGGCCAUUGAAUUGGCCGAGGGUGAUCCGCCCCUGUCGGAGCUGCAUCCUAUGCGAGCCCUCUUCCAGAUUCCCAGGAAUCCACCACCUGGUCUACAGCGCCCCGAGGAAUGGAGCCCUGAGCUGCCAGACUUCAUCAGCGAGUGUCUAAUCAAGGACUUGGAGCAGAGGCCGUUCGCGCGGGAGCUGCUCGAGCACCCACUGAUCAAGAGGGGAGCCAUCGCCUCCUCACAAGCCCGACAUCAGUUGAAAGAGGAGAUUGACCGGCAGCGCGCCGAGGGCCGCGUGAUUCGCCAGCCCGAGGUCACCACCAAGCACGGCAAACUCAAGUCGGACCGCAAGUCACGACCGCAACAGAUGUACAUGGAUGACUUGGCCGCGUUGGACAACCUCUCAGAGGACACAAUUGUCCAGCAGCUGGAGAAGAGGUUCGACCAGCGCCAAAUUUACACCUACAUCGGCGACAUUCUAGUUGCCGUCAACCCAUUUUCUGAGCUUGGACUCUACACUGACAAGGAGCAACGGCGCUACCGUGGCCAAGCCCGGUCAGAAAACCCGCCGCACAUUUUCGCUGUGGCCGAUGCGUCGUACCAGGCCCUGCUCCACCAGCGGCAAAACCAAGCCAUUGUCAUCAGCGGCGAGAGCGGUGCCGGCAAAACGGAGAGCGCCAACCUGCUCCUCAAGCAACUCGUCUUCUUGGGAAAGGCGCCGAACCGCAAUCUGGAAGACCGAAUCCUGCAGGUGAACCCCAUCAUGGAGGCGUUCGGAAAUGCCCAGACCGGUAUAAACGAUAACUCGUCGCGUUUCGGCAAGUACCUAGACCUGACCAUGACCAACAGUGGAAAGGUCACUGGAGCCAGAAUUUCCGUCUACCUGCUCGAGCAGUCCCGGGUGGUGCAGCAAGCCACAGGUGAGCGUAACUUCCACGUCUUCUACUACCUGUACGACGGGCUGGAAUGGGACGGACGCCUGAAGCGCUUCCACCUGGACAGUUCGCUGAGGGGCAGGCACCGCUACCUUGCCGGCGAUCGCCUGGACAAGGCCACCAAACAAAUCAAUAUCGGCCGCUUCCAGCAGCUGAAGGAGGGAUUCAAACUACUCGGUUUCAAGGAGGACGAGGUGGACGCCGUCUACUGCAUUUUGGCCGCCAUCCUCCACCUGGGAGACAUCGAGUUUGGCGAGAUUGCGUCUGAUGACAAUACAGACAAGAGCAGGGUCAUCGACUUGGCGCCUUUGCACAGAGUUUGUGCGUUGCUUGGGGUGGAGGCGGGCGACCUCUUGGAAGCGCUGACCUCCAACAGCGUGGUGACCAGAGGCGAAACCAUCACAAGGAACAACACCGUGGCCGAGGCAAAUGCGGCCAGAGACGCGAUGGCCAAGGGUCUGUACGGAAGGCUGUUUGAUUGGGUCGUGAACCAAAUUAACAGGUUGCUCGCCCUCAACAGAUACACUUGCAAAGAGCCACUUGCCAUUGGCCUUUUGGACAUCUUUGGAUUCGAGAAUUUCUCCAAGAACUCCUUUGAGCAGCUCUGCAUCAACAUUGCCAAUGAGCAAAUUCAGUACUACUUCAAUCAACACAUUUUCACUUGGGAGCAACAGGAAUACAUGGCAGAAGGAAUUCCAGUGGAUCUUGUUGAAUUUUCCGACAACAGGCCUGUUUUGGACAUGCUCUUGUCCAGGCCUAUGGGUCUCCUGGCACUUUUAGACGAAGAAAGCAGAUUCCCCAGAUCAAGCGAUUCUUCUCUAGUUUCCAAGUUCCACAACAACGUGAAGAGCAAAUUCUAUGUCAGACCAAAAAGCAACGCACUGUGCUUCGCCAUCCACCAUUACGCAGGAAGAGUCGUGUAUCAGGCCGAGAACUUCCUUGAGAAGAACAAGAACUUCCUUCCGCCCGAGGUGAUUCAGCUACUGCGUCAGAGCGAGGUGGAUACCGUCCGCUUCCUCUUCCAGUGUCCGCUCACCAAAACUGGAAACCUUUACUCCUCCGUCACUGGACCUCCGCCUUCCGGGGAGCUGAACAACAACACGCGGAACUUGACUCCACCGGAUUUGCCUUACGCAGACCACCACAACUCCAGGGAAAAAUUCAGCAGCAGAGGAUUGGCAUCGCAAUCCAGAGCCCAACAAACGGUGGCUACUUACUUCAGAUAUUCACUCAUGGAUCUCCUUCAAAAAAUGGUGAGUGGCUAUCCGCAGUUUGUGCGCUGCGUCAAGCCAAACGACAGCCGCCGGCCGGGCCUGUUUGACCGCGAGAAGAUUCUGAAGCAGCUGCGCUACACAGGCGUCAUGGAAACGAUCAGGAUCAGGCAGCAUGGCUUCUCGCACCGCCUCACCUUCAGCGAGUUCCUCCGCAGGUACUACUUCCUGGCGUUCGGAUACGACGAGCGCGUGGUUGCCAAUCGGGACACGUGCCGGCUGCUGCUGCUGCGGCUCAAACUGGACGGCUGGGCUCUGGGCAAAACCAAGGUCUUCCUCAAGUACUACCAUGUCGAGUACCUGUCCAAGCUUUACGAGGAGCAGCUGCGUAAAAUCGUCUUGGUGCAAUCGUGCAUUCGUCGGUGGCUGGCCAAAAUAAGGUACGACAAGAACAAAUGGAAGGUGGCUGAGAGCGUCUUGAUUCUGCAGAAGUACGCCAGAGGGUGGAAGGCACGCAAAGAGGCCAAGCUCCUCCGAGAGGUCCGCAACCGGAAGAGGAGGGAGGAACUCAGGGAACAAGUGCGCAGAGCAUCACAUGGCAGUCCAACCAAGGCAGCUGGAGCCUGGAUUCAAAACAAACUUCUCUCAGCCAUGUCGUUUGGGGACAAUGAGAAGGAAAAUAGGAAGAAAUCAAAGAAGGAUGAGGCAGCCACCAUUAUUCAAAGUCAUUACCGAGGCUACACAGUGCGACGUAAGUGGAGUGCAGAAGCGGAGGGCCGCAUUCGGCGCGUCCUCGCGCUGCACAACAACCCGCGAGAGGCGCUGGUCGCCCUGCAAGAAGAGGGCCUCAACCCUGACGAGGCCAACAUGCUGGUGCAACGGCACUACCACGGCUGGCGCCAGCAGAAGUACCCGGCGCCUCCACCGCCGCCGGCCUAUCCAAAGGGCCAGCAGAAGAAGAACAAGGAUCGACAGGCAGAUUUGAUCGCCUUUUCGCAAAACGUUCACAUGGUCAACCAAGACGCUCACAAGUUCCUCAGGAGAAACAAGCCAGGCGUGCGUCUGCAGGACGUCACGGAACCGCCCGCCUCCUACCAAAGGCCUCGCGGUUUCAACUUGAUUCCUCAUCUGCUUAGCAAGUCAGACAACAGUUCAAAAAACAAGCAAAAUAACCAGCACCUCUCCUAUUACAACGCCCUCAAACAGGAAAUGAGCAGAAACUCUCCUGAAGAGGAGGUGGAGGAGGAGGAAAAGGAGGAGGAAGUUGAUUGCUGGGACGGACCCCUCCUGCAACUGCAGCAGAAACUUAGGCCAAAGGCCAGGGGGCAGCCAGAGGGCAUUGAUUUGCAGAGGCAGCGGCGCGAAAUGCUGGCGGCAAGUCAGUCACAGGCGCGGAUGAACGAGCGUCGCGAGUCCAACCUGCUCACCGCCUGGCACAGUGCCAUCCACGGAGACAAAACGGACCGGGUGCGCAACAUCGGCAAGCAGGUCAUCGAUUCUGCACUGAACCAAAGAAUCAAAGAGCUCCACAGACAAGACAGCAACAGCAGCCUGAUUCAAGUGGGCAACAGCUACGUGUCAGACCCUCCAAUGUUGCAGCCGAGCAACAACCACACUCAGGCGAUGCAGUUCAGUCCUGCCUCCGACCUGAGAAGACUCCUUCGUCAAGGAGACCACAACGUCGCUUAUCGGGAGCCUGGAAGCGACGACAUCACCGGUCCGUACAAUUUCAAGCAGCUGCUGCGGCCGACGGAGUACGCGCCUACAGAGUCCCUGAGGAAGCGGAAGGGCCUUGCCCUUUUGAACCAAGCCAGCCUGGAGGACGAACCAGUGUUGAUACCAGUACAGAAGAACCUGCAGGACUCACCAACCAAACGCAGAGCGAGGCCACCUGUCGACAUUCUGCGCAGAAAGUACUAAACAACAUAGAUACCAUGUUCAGAGCUUUAAGUGUUUAUUUUAACUGUCAAUGCAAACAUUGUUCCACUAUUCACCGUUGGUAAUUUACACAUAAGUCAAACACAUAUAGCGUUACUAUUGUUGAAAACUAACCUUGAACCAGUUCCUUUUCGAUGUUACUUUUACGAGUGAGGUAAAACUGAAGAAGAUUUUACGUCCAGGCUAGUCCAAGUGAAUUAUUAAUUCCUGUCGUGUUACAUGCAUAUUCAUCGUAUAAAUGGCAGAGGAUGAGUUGUGCAAAUUUCGAACUAUGCUUUUGCCAGCCAGCAGCGUGAGUGAUGUAUUUUUAAUUAGUAUAAAAGAUAAGUAAAUUAACAUGAACCAAAAUCAAAGCUGAGCUGUUUUUAAAAGCCACUGUUAAAGUUACGUGCUAGAAUAAAUAAAAACUAAAAAAGAUA